UCGCAGCCAUGACCACACUGUCCUCCAGCAAUCAAGCCACGCCUCCGCUGUCCACAUGCUCAUCGUCGGAAUCGACUACGGCGGAAGACAACCUUGUACGCACGGGCAUUCUCUACAAGAAGGGCCGUAAGACAGGGUUCUUCAGCCGACAGAAUUGGAAGCCGCGGUUCUUCAUGCUCACGUGGGAAAAGCUGUCGUACUAUGAAUUUGAAGGUGGCGAGCUCAAGGGCGAAGUCGACUUGCGCAGUUGCACCAACAAGGACAUCCAAGUCAUGCCAGAUGACUGCAAGAAAACUGGCCAAUCUGCCUCAUCCAUUUGGCGCAUUGCCAUCUCAACCCCUGCCCGUCGACUGUUCAUUGCCGCCACAUCUGAAUUCGAAAUGAUCGAGUGGCUGGAAGACCUCCGCGACGUCACAUCCCGUCAUGAACGGAUGGGGGGGGGAGCCAGCGAUAUGGUGCGGCCUAGCGUGGUGCGGCCUAGCGUAGUGCGUCCGUCGUUGAUGGACUCUGUGGACCUCUUGGCCCUGUCGAACCCUCGUCGGUUCGCCGCCAUGCCUGGCAAAGUUCACCUUCGACGAAAAGUUCUCGCCCACCAACAUAACGAGCGCUUUAGCCACGACGGAUUUGGCGUAGUGGCCUAGCGCAUUCUCUUUGGCAUAGUUAUUGUGUAAAGACAUUAUUUAUGACAAAAUUCGAUCGCUUG